AUGAGUGAAUCAUUACUUACAAAUUUGUUAUAAAAUUAAAAUAAAAAAAGCUUAAAAUUAUAAUAAGUUAGUAAUCUUUUUGAUAAGUAAAUUACAUAAAUAGUUUAACCUACAAUAUAAGAAUAAAACUAAGAUAAUUAAUAAUAAUAAGAAAUAGAUUUAGAAAAAUUAUAAAAAGAGGAAGAGUAAAGAACUGUUUUUGUAGGAAAUAUACAUAUAAAUGCAAAAUCUAAAGAUAUCUAAAAAAUAUUUAAGUAAUAUGGAAAAAUAGAAAAAAUAUGGUUCCGUUCAAUUCCAGUUGAAAAAAGUAAAAUUGGAAAAAAAGCUGCAAUAAUGCUAAAAUAAGUAAAAUAUGAUUAAUAGCAAAAUUAAUAAUUUUUUAUUAAAAAAGUAUAAAGAAGAUAGAGCUGGAUAAAAAACAGUAAAAAAAAUAUAUAUAUUAAUUUAUUUUUAAAUUUAAAAAAGCUUGAUUAUACAAAAACUAUUUUUAUAGGAAAUCUUCCUUUUUAAAUUACAGAAGAAGCAUUAAGAAACCAUUUUAUUGAUUGUGGAAAUAUUUAAAACUUAAGAAUUAUUCGAGAUCCUUAUACCCAUAAUGGAAAAGGCUUUGGUUAUAUAUAUUUUGAGGAUAUUUUGAGUUUUAAAAAUGCCUUGCUAAAGAAUGGAAGCCUUUUAGAAAAAAGAAGUAUAAGGGUAAAGAAAGCAGUGCCUGAGAAAAAAUUAAUUAAAAAAUAAAAACAGAGAGACUCUAAAAACUAAGAAUAUGCUAUUUAGAGGUUAAAAGUAAAAGAAUAGAGAUAAAAUGAGUAACAAUAGUUUUAUUAAAAUAAAAAAAGAUUUGUAAAGAAUAAUAACUUUUAAAAAGAUAAAAAUGUUUUUAAUAAUACAAAUAAAAAGUUUCUACCAAUUCAAAAGAAAGUAAAUAUUUAUAAAAUAUUAUUACUUAUUUAAUAAAAAUUUAAAAAAAAGAUUUUUAAACCUAAAAAUAAUUGA